AUGAUGUCGCAGCAGUCGAUGGACCGCUGUGAGGUUUCAGAGAACUGCCACCAUCAUGGCCCCGGGGCCCAGGGGAGCCAGCGGCGCCUGGUCAGUGGACUCCUUCUCUGGGUCUGUCUCCUCACCGUCAGCCACGUGGUCUCCAUCUCCCUGCUCAUCAUCACCAGGCCACACGUACCAGUAAGACUGCUAACCUGCAUAGACACACACACACACACUUACACAUACUCACUCUCUGGUGUUAACUAUUUAAUGCUGUUGCUAGUCAGUGAGGUUAUCACCUAUGCAUUUAUUGACAGUUGUAAAUUAGCUGAGAGUUGACAGUGAGAAGUUUGUCAUGUGCAGUUAUACUAGAUUUUUUAUUGACAAAGAGCCCCUGACCAUCACGACUUAGGGAGGGACAUAGUUAGUGAAAUCAAGUUGAAUUAAAUCUGAGAUAUGUACUGUAGCUCACUGUGUAAAUAUAAGAUGAGAUCAUGAAGUUGGAUCAAUGUGUGUAAAUAGAGCGGUGUAUUGUAGCUGUGGUAACACCUGCCUGUUGCACCUGUUGAGUACAAGUCUCUGAAGUGGUUUCAGUAGCAUCACAGCUGGUGGGGGAAACGCAUCACUAUGUGUGGUUUAGUACUGGUGACAUCAGAACCCUGUUCUCCAAUAUGAAAGGGCUGGGUGUGUGCUACUGAAUUAUCACUGUGUGUAUCUCAUUAACACUGUUUCAUAUAGCCUAGAGUAGCACUGAAUACAAAUGUUUUGCUCAGACAAAAUGUUGUUACUUACAACAUAGUUACUGAUUGGAAAUAUCAUGACGAUUGUCAUCUCUCCCUCCCCCAGCCUCUGUCAGAAAUAGUUUCAGCUCCAAAACCCACAGCAGACUCAUCUCCGGUAAGCUAACCACAAGAUGGGUUUAAACAUGUUUCCAACCUCAAAACAAGUUUUAACAAGUCGUAACAUGUCGUAACAUGUCCCAUGCAAACAUUUUGUUCAUUUUUGCCUCCUCCAAGACAGAGAGUAGUCAUAACAUAAUCAUGAUAUUCUUGGCCUGCCAAUGAUGACAGGAUAUACAAUAGAUCAGGGUUUCCCAAACUCGGUCCUGGGGCCUCCCAGGGGUGCACAUUUGGCUUUUGCCGUAGCACUACAUUACUGUAGUGCUGUAGUGCUGUAGUGCUGUAGUGCUAGGGCAAAAACCAAAAACAUGCACCCCUGGGAGGCCCCAGGACCGAGUUGGCAAACCCUGCAUUAGAUCAUUUUGAAUAGAAUCCUAACACUUGAAUGCAUCUUGGAAGGGACCUGAGCCUAGGCUAAGUCAUACCUCGUCAGUCCUGCUUUCUCUGUCUGACUCAUCAUCCUCCAGGCUCUCAGACAGUACAGGACUCAACCACCAGCCUCACCGCACUGCAGGGAAGGGUGACAUGUCAUAACAUCAUAGCCUCAUGCAGGGAAAUGCCACUGUGCCACUUGUCUUCUCGACUUUCUCUUUUUUCAUGAUUUUUCUUCUCUGAAAUUUCAAUCUCUGUUUUACGAUCAUGAACGUGUGGCAUACCCCAUUAGUAAGUGUUAAUUGCGGCAACUAGUUCAAAUUCAUUCCUAAAUGUGGUAGUCAUGCAACAUCUAGCCCAAAUUUAGACACCUAUAUUAAUUAAAUCACCCAACCCGUUGCUGUACAUGUUUUAGCAGCAUGUGUCCGGUGUUGGAUGGUGUCCGUAAUCAUUUCUGAUGGAAACUUUGUUGUUUGCGUCACUGAGCAGUGCCCAAGAAAGUAUUACAGUGAGGGAAAAAAAGUAUUUGAUCCCCUGCUGAUUUUGUACGUUUGCCCACUGACAAAGACAUGAUCAGUCUAUAAUUUUAAUGGUAGGUUUAUUUGAACAGUGAGAGACAGAAUAACAACAACAAAAUCCAGAAAAAAGCAUGUCAAACAUUUUAUAAAUUGAUUUUGCAUUUUAAUGAGGGAAAUACGUAUUUGACCCCUCUGAAAAACAUGACUAAUACUUGGUGGCAAAACCCUUGUUGGCAAUCACAGAGGUCAGACGUUUCUUGUAGUUGGCCACCAGGUUUGCACACAUCUCAGGAGGGAUUUUGUCCCACUCCUUUUUGCAGAUCUUCUCCAAGUCAUUAAGGUUUCGAGGCUGACGUUUGGCAACUCGAACCUUCAGCUCCCUCCACAGAUGUUCUAUGGGAUUAAGGUCUGGAGACUGGCUAGGCCACUCCAGGACCUUAAUAUACUUCUUCUUGAGCCACUCCUUUGUUGACUUGGCCGUGUGUUUUGGGUCAUUGUCAUGCUGGAAUACCCAUCCACGACCCAUUUUCAAUGCCCUGGCUGAGGGAAGGAGGUUCUCACCCAAGAUUUGACGGUACAUGGCCCCGUCCAUCAUCCCUUUGAUGCGGUGAAGUUGUCCUGUCCCCUUAGCAGAAAAACACCACCAAAGCAUAAUGUUUCCACCUCCAUGUUUGACGGUGGGGAUGGUGUUCUUGGGGUCAUAGGCAGCAUUCCUCCUCCUCCAAACACGGCGAGUUGAGUUGAUGCCAAAGAGCUCGAUUUUGGUCUCAUCUGACCACAAAACUUUCACCCAGUUCUCCUCUGAAUCAUUCAGAUGUUCAUUGGCAAACUUCAGACGGGCCUGUAUAUGUGCUUUCUUGAGCAGGGUGACCUUGCGGGCGCUGCAGGAUUUCAGUCCUUCACAGCGUAGUGUGUUACCAAUUGUUUUCUUGGUGACUAUGGUCCCAGCUGCCUUGAGAUCAUUGACAAGAUCCUCCCGUGUAGUUCUGGGCUGAUUCCUCACUGUUCUCUUGAUCAUUGCAACUCCACAAGGUUAGAACUUGCAUGGAGCCCCAGGCUGAGGGAGAAUGACAGGACUUUUGUGUUUCUUCCAUUUGCGAAUAAUCGCACCAACUGUUGUCACCUUCUCACCAAGCUGCUUGGCGAUGGUCUUGUAGCCCAUUCCAGCCUUGUGUAGGUCUGCAAUCUUGUCCUUGACAUCAUUGGAGAGCACUUUGGUCUUGGCCAUGGUGGAGAGUUUGGAAUCUGAUUGAUUGAUUGCUUCUGUGGACAGGUGUUAUUUUAUACAGAUAACAAACUGAGAUUAGGAGCACUCCCUUUAAGAGUGUGCUCCUAAUCUCAGCUUGUUACCUGUAUAAAAGACACCUGGGAGCCAGAAAUCUUUCUGAUUGAGAGGGGGUCAAAUACUUAUUUCCCUCAUUAAAAUGCAAAUCAAUUAAUAACAUUUUUGACAAGCGUUUUUCUGGAUUUUUUUGUUGUUAUUCUGUCUCUCACUGUUCAAAUAAACCUACCAUUAAAAUUAUAGACUGAUCAUUUCUUUGUCAGUGGGCAAACGUACAAAAUCAGCAGGGGAUCAAAUACUUUUUUCCCUCACUGUAAAUCCAAUCGUUUGAUGCAAAUUUCCUAGCGACAAUAGUCAUUGCAGUGCUUCUGCCGUGAAGUCUUGGAGCCCAACAACUUCGCCUGCAGAUAUAAUGAUGUCCAGCUUCUUGGACUUCUUAGACACUUGUGCUGUACAAUUAAUCACUGUGGAUAUAAAUGCCACAAAAUCCACUUUCUUCACAAUGAGUGGAUCCAGAUCUCAACUCAAUUGACUUAAAACACUAGCAACUGGUUGCAAUGCAUACACCGCCAUAUCUUCAACACUGUUGCUUCUUUCUCCUUCGACUUUCUUCACCGCCUCCACAUAAGAGAUCUGCUGCACAGCCCUGAUCCUUGACACCUCGACCUCCUUCACCCUAACCUUGUGGUCCUCUGUAGCUCAAUUAGUAGAGCAUGGCGCUUGUAACGCCAGGGUAGUGGGUUCGAUCCCCGGGACCACCCAUACGUAAAAAUGUAUGCACACAUGACUGUAAGUCGCUUUGGAUAAAAGCGUCUGCUAAAUGGCAUAUUAUUAUAACAGGGCACUCAAGGAAGUCGGGAGAAUGAUCCCCACCACAGUUACAUUUUCCAUUGACAGAUUCUUCAAUAAUAUACUUCUCCCGUCUGCAAACAUUUGACACGUGACCAUAUCCUUUACAAUUCCCACACUAAUGCUUUGGACACAAAUGCUCUCAUCACAUACCUCACAUACUGUAUCCAAGCUUCACAUAUUCAAGUAGAGUUUCCUCAAACAACAAUCAUUUCGAUAGGCUUUUCUCCUUCCUUCCAUUUACCCUACGGGUCAGGCGACGUGCACUGACCACUCCUGGGAUUUUCUGACUAAGGUACUCGUCAUAUCCAGUACCAGUCAAAAGUUUGGACACACCUACUCAUUCAAGGGUUUUUCUUUAUUUUUUACUAUUUUCCACAAAUAUAUUUUAGAUUUUAGAUUCUUCAAAGUAGCCACCUUUGCCUUGAUGACAGCUUUGCACACUCUUGGCAUUCUCUCAACCAGCUUCACCUGGAAUGCUUUUCCAACAGUCUUGAAGGAGUUCCCACAUAUGCUGAGCACUUCUUGGCUGCUUUUCCUUCACUCUGCGGUCCAUCUCAUCCCAAACCAUCUCAAUUGGGUUGAGGUCGGGUGAUUGUGGAGGCCAGGUCAUCUGAUGCAACACUCCAUCACUCUCCUUCUUGGUCAAAUAGCCCUAACACAGCCUGGAGGUGUGUUGGAUCAUUGUCCUAUUGAAAAAAACAAAUGAUAGUCCCACUACGCGCAAACCAGAUGGGAUGGCAUAUCGCUGCAGAAUGCUGUGGUAGCCAUGCUGGUUAAGUAUGCCUUGAAUUCUAAAUAAAUCACAGACAGUGUCACCAGCAAAGCACCCCCACACCAUCACACCUCCUCCUUCAUGCUUCACGGUGGGAACCACACGUGCAGAGAAUAUCCGUUCACCUACUCUGCGACUCACAAAGACACAGCGGUUGGAAUCAAAAAUCUCACAUUUGAACUCAUCAGACCAAAGGACAUAUUUCCACCAGUCUAAUGUCAAUCGCUCGUGUUUCUUGGCCCAAGCAAGUCUCUUAUUCCUAUUGUUGUCCUUUAGUAGUGGUUUCUUUGCAGCAAUCGACCAUGAAGGCCUGAUUCACACAGUCUCCUCUGAACAGUUGAUGUUGAGAUGUGUCUGUUACUUGAACUCUGUGAAGCAUUUAUUUGGGCUGCAAUUUCAGAGGCUGGUAACUCUAAUGAACUUAUCCUCUGCAGCAGAGGUAACUCUGGGUCUUCCUUUCCUGUGGCAGUCCUCAUGAGAGCCAGGUUCAUCAUAGCGUUUGAUGGUUUUUGCAACUGCACUUGAAGAAACUUUCAAAGUUCUUGAAAUGUUCUGUAUUGACUGACCUUCAUGUCUUAAAGUAAUGAUGGACUGUCGCUUCUCUUUGCUUAUUUGAGCUGUUCUUGCCAUAAUAUGGACUUUUACCAAAUAGGGCUAUAUUCUAUAUACCAACCCUACCUUGUCACAACACAACUGAUUGGCUCAAACACAUUAAGAAGGAAAGAAAUUCCACAAAUUAACUUUUAACAGGGCACACCUGUUAAUUGAAAUGCAUUCCAGGUGACUACCUCAUGGAGCUGGUUGAGAGAAUGUCAAGAGUGUGCAAAGCUGUCAUCAAGGCAAAGGGUGGCUACUUUGAAGAAUCUCAAAUAUAAAAUAUAUUUUGAUUUGUUUAACACUUUUUUGGUUACUACAUGAUUCCAUAUGUGUUAUUUCAUAGUUUUGAUAUCUUCACUAUUAUUCUACAAUGUAGAAAAUAGUAAAAUAAAGAAAAACCCUUGAAUGAGUAGGUGUGUCCAAACUUUUGACUGGUACUGUAUAUCCAACGAGACUCCAGCUAUAACUCCUUUGUCAGGCGCCCUGCACCGAAGAUCAAUACAUGUUACUUCAGACGUGGCACGCUUCUUCUGUUCUUCAUCAACACAAUUAACCAAAACAAGGCCGCUUCUAGUCACCUUGAUUGAAUCCACCUUUCCCACUGCUUUCUUCACAGUCCUCGAUAUACAAAUGGAUUUCCCAAAUGAAUCUCCUUGUCCAAAAAACACAGUCUAAUAAGAAAUGCAUUAUGGGACCAAUCCUUGUCUUCUGCUACAACUUUUGCUAAUUUUGUUCCAUUCUUUGAUUUCACUAUUUUCCAUUCAUUAUCACACACUUCACUUGCUGCACUUUCAGAUUCAAGCACAGUCGCCAUUUCCUCCACUCAGGCCAUUUACCAUUGAAUCAUUUUUUGUCAGUUUCAGUCUCCCAUAGACACCAAUGCAAUGGUAUCUGGUCUGGUCUGGUCUGGUCUACUUAGUUCAUUGACUUUCAUUGCUCCAUGCACAACCCCAGCAAGUUGGGUGUUUCACUUCCUUUUCCGUCUCUGCAGCUACUGAGGGGUGCUUUUAUACCUUCCUGCCUGUGCUUCCCUAAAUAGGGUUCCCUGGGAAACAUCGACAACAGCUGUAGUUUGUACCCUGUCACAGAUAAACAGGAUAGUUUGAAGAUCAUACUUUGUUCCAGGGUUGGGGUCAAUUCUAUUUCAAUUCCAGUCAAUUUAGGAAGUACACUGAAAUUCCAAUUCCAGUUCCAAUUAUCUUCAAUGCUUUUCAAGGAGAAAAAUCACUUUCUGAAUUGACUGGAAUUUAAAUGGAAUUGACCACAACCCUGCUUUGUUCUAUUGUUAGGAUUUGAGUCGUGUUGCUGGGAUGCCCACCAUUACUUCAGUGAGUAGAAAGAUUAGUGACUAAUUAUGAAUUCUGUCUGUCUCCACAGAGCAUUCUCCUGGAGUCACCAAGAGUGCCAUGGCAAAUGCUCACCUUUGACGGUGAAAGUUCUUUGAACGUUCAGUCUCAUUGAGUUUUUAAAUGUAGUCACAAUUAAUUUAUAUUCCAACUCUUGCCACAUUACUAAUGCCAGUUUUCAACUUAUCAUCCACAGUCGAUGGGGUCUCAGGGGCGAAAAGUGUGAUCAAGUGGAAGACGCAGUCCAAGGCGAAGAAUGUUGCCUCCCUAAAUGGCGGAUCCCUGACCAUCAGCCAGGAUGGUUGUUACUUCCUGUACCUUCAGGUGACUCUGGAGACACUCAAGCCCCAGGAGGUGUCUGGACAGUACAUAGUGAGAGUGAACAAGACCAACGGAGUCCUGCUGGAGGGAAGGAUAACCAACACCUCCCUCAGCACAGGGUUCCUGGGCAAGGUUGUGGAUCUAGCAGCCUCUGACAUCCUCACAGUCACCGUCUCCCCUCAUGCCAGGAUCAACACCACCCACACCGCCACAUACCUGGGCAUCAUAGGGUCAAGAUGA